UAAGCAUGUUUUUGUUUUCUUGUUUUGGAUUUGUCUCAAGCAAAUAACGCUAAUCUUUAAUUGUAUUUGAAUGUUGAUUUUAAAUUUUAAAUCAUCCACACUUUCACUACAUAAUUUGUGUUUUAAUCCAUCCAACUGAAUUUGUUCAAUCUAAUGAUAUUUUCUGGUUUUCUCUGAAUUUACAUUUUUGGUUUGCAAAUACUAACUCUGACUUCACCUGUUGUUUACUAGUAAGCGUAUUUCAAUUGAAAUUAUGAAUGGAAUCGUGGAAUACUUUGGACCAAACAAAUCAAAUCAUCCUUGCGGUUACUGCAAGUCAAAUAAACCAGAUAACUCAAGCUAUGGUGUAUGGACUCAUGAAAUGACCCCUGAGCAGUACCAAAUAAUGAUUGAUAGAGGAAUGAGAAGAAGCGGAAAAUUUUGUUACAAGUCUGUUUUGGAUAAAAUCUGCUGUCCAACUUUUGCAAUAAGGUGUGAAGCUUUAAAUUUUAAACCAUCUCGAUCACAAAGAAAAGUUAUCAAACGUUUCAAUGAUUUUAUCUACCAUGGAAUCAAACCCAAAUCAUACGACAAAGGUAAAAAUUUUGGAAAAGAAUCACAAACAGAAUUUAUCAUAUUCGGAGAUAGUCAAAAGCGUUUGAAGCUUGCAAAAGUCGAACCAGCAGAAUCUUCUAGUUCGAAUGAUUUGGCGGAUCCUGUUCAAAGUAAACCCACGAAAUCUCCUUCAACCGAAGCAACCUCUGAUAAUGAAGCUGUAUCGUCAACAUUGGAACCCAGUGAAAUUAAACAAUGUAAGGAUAGGACAAAAAAAGCUAAAUACUUAAGACUGCAACGACGGAUCGCCAGAAUUUCUUUAAAACUCAAUUGUUCAGAGGAAGAGGCUUUGAAAGUCAUUAAAGAAAAGUUCCAACAAAGACAUCAAAAGUCAGAGAAAUUAUUCGAAGAUUAUUUUAAAAAGCCAGAAAAUAUUGAUAAACCUGCUCAUGACCUAAGAAUUCAAUUCGUAUCAACAUGCACCGAGGAUCAUGUAAAAUAUUUAAAAGUCUCCCAUCAACUGUAUGAAAAAUAUCAAACAAUUAUUCAUAAAGAUGACCCAUCAGAAUGCACUAUCAAACAAUUUAGAAGAUUCCUAAUAGAUAAUCCAUUCGAGCCUAAACCUUUUUGCACUGAAUCUAAAGAUUCCAAGUCAAUACCUACUUCCUAUGGCUCGUAUCACAUGCAGUACUGGUUAGAUGAUAAACUAAUUGCUGUAGCUGUUCUCGACAUAUUACCUUAUUCUGUGUCGUCUGUAUAUCUGUUUUAUGACCCAGAAUAUAGUUUUUUAAGUCUCGGAACAUAUUCAGCUUUGAGAGAAAUUCUUUUGGUUCGUAAUCUUCACGAAAUAAAUCCUUCCAUCUCUUACUAUUACCUCGGUCUCUAUAUCUAUAACUGCCCUAAAAUGAAUUAUAAGGGCAAAUUUCAUCCAUCAUUUCUCCUCUGUGAUCAAGCAUUAACAUGGCAUCCUAUUGAGAAAUGUUUAGAAAAAUUGAAACAUCAUACACAUCCUCGAUUUGAAGAUGAUCCAAACAAAGUAGAUGAGGAUUCAGCCACUAUCCAGGAUGAUGACAUUCUAAUUCUCUAUUCACGAAAGAUUUUAACCUACUCUUUUUAUAAACACUUGUGCGGCACUGAAGAUUCGAAUGAGGUGUACGAAUAUGCAAAGCUUGUCGGUAAGAAAUGUACAAAAAACUUUUUACUUUACCGCAAAAAUGAAAUUGACUAGCAUCAUGUUAAUCCCUAAUGUUAUUAUCAAUUAUAUUUGUAUUUAAGCCUAACUCAUCUCUCGAUGCAUCACAAGUAAAUCACAACUCACUGUAUUUAAUUUAAUAAAUUUCAUUUUUUAACUAUUUUAACCUAA